AUGGCGGACGGAGGUGUUGGAUCAGAUGAAUUUAUCAAUUUUAAAUGUUGUUUAUGUGAAAAGAAGAAUAUCAAAAAAGAGGCGGAUAUUUAUUGUGUGGAAUGUCAGGAUUAUUACUGUACACCAUGUACAGACUUGCACAAAAUGUUUCCUGCAAUGAGCACGCAUCAGUUUAUAGACAAGUCAAGUUUCAACACAGUUAGCUUACAGAAAUCGUUGCCAAGUUUUCCAGUUGAAAAAUGUGAAGUUCAUAAAAGCGAGCUGCUAGAUAUGUAUUGUGCUGACCACGAUGAUGUAGCAUGUGCGACUUGUAUAGCUAUAAAACACAGAACGUGCCAACAUAUACAUUCGAUUCCAGAUGAAGUCGAUGACUUGUGUAAGGAGAUUGAUGCUGAUAAAACAAAUAUUGAGCUGAUUCGUAUAAAAACUAAAAUUGAGGAGGCUGAGAGAGCAAAGAAACUUCUUAUCAAAGAACUCAAUGUACAGAAGGAGAAAGCAACAGAGUCAAUAAGACAAUUCAGAAAAGAAAUGGAGGUAAUACUUGAUACACUUGAAAAGGUGACAUUAAAAACUUUAGAGGAAAAGUACAAAAAUGGCAAAGAGAAACUAGAGAACGAGAUAAAAAACUUACAUAGACAUAUUGAUGAACUCAAACUUUCAUCACAAAAACUAACAAAGUCAUUUGGGAAUAAAGCACAGGAGUUUGUCGCUGUGAAAACUUCUCGGAAACAAAUCAUUGAAGCUAAUGAAGCAGAGGCAGAGUUUGUGACAAAUUCAUCAGAUGUUAAAGUUGAAUUCAUUGCUGAUUCCACAAAAAAGGAUGCCUUAAAAGACUUCAAGGCAUUUGGAUUAAUUUCAGUGAGUACUACUGAAAAUAUAAGAGAGAAAAUGUAUGUUAUGAAAAGCAAGAAACAAGUCAACAUCAAACAUCAAAAUGAUAGGAAGACAUGUUAUGUUACUGGUUCAUGUUUCACAGAUGAUGGACUAUUAUUUCUAGCUGACUAUGACAAUAAAACAUUAAAGCUCAUUGAUUUGUCCUCAGAAUCCAUAAAAGAUCGGCUAAAUCUUGAAGCAUCUCCGUUAAAAAUUUGUCAAAUAAGUAAAAACGAAUUUGCA